AUGCAGAACCACACCGUGGUGAUGGAAUUCAUCCUUCUGGGCUUCACUGACAUCCGUGAGCUCCAAGUCACCCUCUUUGUUAUUCUCCUACUUACUUACCUCUUGACCCUUACAGGGAACAUUCUCAUAAUAUCUAUCACUUUGCUAGACCAUCGUCUCCACAGCCCCAUGUAUUUUUUCCUCCGAAACUUCUCCAUUUUGGAAAUCAGCUUUACCACAGUCAUUAUCCCCAAGAUGCUCACCAACCUCCUCUCCACCAGGAAGACCAUCUCAGUGACUGCUUGCUUCAUCCAGUCCUUCUUCUAUUUCUUCCUUGGCAUUGCAGAAUUCUUUCUCCUGGCUGCAAUGUCAUUCGAUCGGUAUGUGGCCAUUUGCAAUCCACUCCGCUAUACCAUCAUGAUGAACAACAGAAUGUGCACCCAGCUUGUGAUGAGCUGUUGGCUGGGCAGUUUCUUCUUUGUCUUCAUAACAAGUAUUGUAAUUGCUCGCCUGCCGUUCUGUGGUCCCAAUGUCAUAGACCAUUUCUUCUGUGACAGCUCACCUCUGCUCCAGUUGGCCUGUACUGACACACAGCUCAUCGAACUGGUUGACUUCAUUUUAGCGGUCAUAAUUUUACUGGGCACUUUGGCCAUUACCACCACAUCUUAUAUUAAUAUUAUCUUCACGGUGUUUCAGCUCCCAUCUGCAAAGGAGAGACAGAGAGCCUUCUCCACAUGUUCUUCCCACAUCGUUGUUGUCACCAUGUUCUACGGCAGCUGCAUCUUCAUGUACGUGCGGCCUUCACAAAGUGAAGGGAUUGAUUUGAACAAAGGGGUAGCCAUUCUCAACACUGUGGUUACCCCACUCUUGAACCCCUUCAUUUACAGCCUCAGGAACAAACAAGUACAGGAAGUGCUAAGGGAUGCUAGAAGGAUAAUAUUCACCUCCAAACAGAGAAUAUGA